AUAAUCAAUUGUACAUACGACUCAAAUAAUUAUAUUAAUAAUAAUAAAAUAAUCGAAAAAUUUAAAUAAUAAAAAAUUUAAUAAUUUUAUAAAAAUAAUAAAAAUGGUUACAAAUAUAAAAAUAAAAAAAAAUAAUUCUAUUAAUAAUUUAAAAGAAAUUGAAAUAAAUCAUAAAAAUAAUGAUAAAUUUAAAAAUGAUAUUAUAUUUUUUAAAAUGUGGCGUAAUUGUGUAAUUCGUUCAGAAAUAUUUAACCAACUUAGAUUAUAUAGUAUUCAUUUUUACCAAAGAAAAUUUAAUUUAGAAAGAUUGAAAGAUUUCCAAUUCAAAGAGUAUUUAAAUAAUUUAGAGUUAGAUAUUGACAACUCAAUGCACCAAUAUGAUAGUAUUAUUCCUAAAGUUUUACCAAAGUCAAUUAAUACUUUACAAUUUGACUAUCGUUUCAACCAAACAUUAACACCCAACUCAUUACCCAAUAAUAUAGCCAGUAUUCAAUUUGGAUUUUAUUUUGACCAAAAACUAGAGUAUAAUUCGCUUCCUCAUUCUUUAACCUCACUUAAAUUUGGAGAUAGCUGGAACCAUAAGAUUGAGAAGGGAAUUUUACCAGACUCAUUAAAAUCAUUAACCUUUGGAAAAAGUUUCAAUCAGUACAUUGAACCUGGAACUUUACCUGCAUCCCUGACUAGUUUAGUUUUUGGCUCUAGAUACUCUUUUCCCAUAGAUGAAGAUGUUUUGCCGCUCAAAUUAGAAUCCCUUGUAUUUGGUGAUAAAUUUAACCAACCAUUAAAACAAAACACAAUACCCGAUGGAGUCACCUCUAUUGUAUUUGGACACGACUUUAAUCAAAAACUUUUACCAAAUACAUUCCCAAGCUCUGUUAAUAAAAUUCGUUUCGAUGGCCGCUUUAAUCAAAUAAUAGAAAAAGAUCACCUUCCACCUCAGUUACAAGUAUUAGAGUUUGGUUAUUUUAAUCAAGUAAUAUUACCAAAUACACUACCUCCAACACUAAAGCAUUUAAUAUUCCGUUACGAUUUCAACCAAAUAAUUGCUCCAUUUUCUUUACCUCAAAGCUUAGAGAUUAUUGAACUAUCUCAUUCAUUCAAUAAAGUAUUAGAACCAAAUGCAUUUCCAUCCAACAUCAAUUAUAUUCAAUUUGGCUAUGAAUUUAACAGUGCUAUACAUAAAGAUGUUUUACCAUCAAAUUUAAAAACCCUAAAGUUUGGACAUGACUUUAACCAACCUCUAGAACCUUUUUCAAUACCUGUGGGUGUAACAUCAAUCCAAUUUGGAUUAGAUUUCAAUCAUAUCACUGACGAAUCAGUAUUACCAAAAUCUCUCAAAGAAAUUAUUUGCGACAAUUUUAACUUUCAAUAUAUUCCACCCUCAGUUGUACAUUUAAAGCUUAAUCAUUAUUUCGAUUCACCAAUUGAACCCGGUUUCAUUCCAUCAACAGUCGAAAAAUUAGAGUUUGGUUAUUAUUUCGACCAACCAUUGGUUCCAGGAUCGAUUCCAGAUAGUGUAAAACAUAUUGUUUUUGGUUUCAACUUUAACCAACCUCUUCCAGCUGGUGUUUUAAGUGAAACAGUUAAGGCUAAAAAUUUAAAAAUUGUCGAAUUUGGAUAUCGUUUCAAUCAACAACUCGCAAAAGGAUCCAUCCCAAGAGGUGUUACCCGUGUUCGUUUUGGCUCAUGUUUUAAUCAACCUUUCGAUUCUGAAGGAAUUCUUCCUGAUACCAUCGAAUCUAUACAAUUUGGUGAAAAAUAUAAUCAUAUAUUAUCUGCUAAAUAUUUACCACAAAAUUUAAAGGAAAUAGGUUUUGGUAUAAUGUAUUUACAACCCAUAACCAGCGACAGUUUACCAGACUCUGUAGAAACCAUCAUAGUAGGGGAUAGCUCACCACCAAUUGAAUAUGUUCCAAAAUCAUUAAAAAAAAUCCAAUGUUUUAAUACAAGUACCAAAUUUUUUAAUUCAAUAGACUUACAUUUAUAUGGUCAAUAUAUAAAGGUUUUAAAUAAAGGUUUUCAUAUGAUGUCACUUUAUUAAAAUUAAUAAAAUGAUUAAAUUAAAUUAAAUUAAAUU